GGGCGGGGCUGCAUAGCCGCCGGGAGCCUCGUGAGUGGCCGGCUCGCCUGCCAAUAGCGCGCCGUAGUCCCGCCCUGCGAGCUUGAUAAAGGAAGCCCUUCACUUCCUGAUCCGCUUGCUGAUUGGUUUAUCCGGACGCGUAGGGACGCUUUUAAGGGACCCCCUCAGCGCCUUCAGCGUUCCGUUCCGAGGCGAGCUAAGCGGGCCGGCGCCAUUAGCGACACCGCCAUGACGUUCAAGCGGGCCCGCGACCGGCUCUACAGCACCCGCUGCUGCGGCUGCUGCCAUGUCCGCACCGGCACUAUCAUCCUGGGCACUUGGUACAUGGUAAGGAAGGUCUCGCUGUUAAGGGGAAAGGGCCGCUUUUGUCCGUUCGGAGGGGUUGUGAGGCGAUGUUCCGGGUGAUGGGGAGCCUUUAUUGCGCGUGCGCGCAGGCCCGCCGUACAACGUCCCUUUUUUCCUCGGGCGCUGACGUGCCCCGUGGAGCUGCCGCGCAUGCGUGUUACCCCCCCCCCCAGUGUUUUCCAGAACUUUGCCAGCAAAUACGUAAGACCUGGGAGAGCGGCGAUUCCGGAAGGAGACUGGAUUGGCCGCCUGCGGUUGGUCUUCCUUAGGCAUGGCUGCCUGCGAAGGCUUUACUUCCUCGCUGCAAAGCCUUUUGAAAGCAAACCUGCAGCUGCGCACUUGUUGCUGUGUGUUCCCAGUUUUUCUGCUAAGUAGCUCAGGGUCUCGUAUUGUCCGUAGCUCUCCUGCUUUUUAUCCUGGUGUUAGCCCUAAAAGACCGUGGCUGGCCGAAGGCCACCCCAGUGAGCUUCAUUGCUGAGUGAGGAUUUGAACUCUGGUCUCCCAGAUCCUAAGGGACGCGGGUGGCGCUGUGGGUUAAACCACAGAGCCUAGGGCUUGCCGAUCAGAAGGUCGGUGGUUCGAAUCCCUGCGAUGGGGUGAGCUCCCAGGAUUUGAAUCACUGCUCAACCAGGAAGCUCACUGGCUGACCUUUGGCCAGUUACCAUCUCUUUCAACUGAACCUACCUCACAUGGUUGUUGUGAGGAUGAAAUGGGGAGAAGGAGAACCACGUACACCACCUUGAGCUCCUCGGAAGAGAAAGCUGGUAUAUAAAUGUAGUAAAUAAUCUGACACCCUCUCACCUGUGACAUCUUUACACUCCUGGAGGUAGUGUCGGAAAGAGACCUUCCAAGGUUUGUGUAAGAGAAUUGGUUUGUGCUUCUCCUUAGGAUUCUUUCCUGCUACAUGCCUCUUUUGCCAGUUGGACAAAGUAGAGUGGGCUCUGAGUGCUAAACAUUCGUUCUUACUCCUUUCCCUUUCCAUACGGACUACUCAGUCUGUUUCUGGUCCUAUAGUUUCUGCAGUGAUGGACAGGAGAGAAGAAACACUAAAAAAAAAUAGUUUAUAUACUGCUUAAUUAGUUUCCUCUUGAGAAUUAUUUUCAUAAAAUUCAGUCAUCUCCUUCUAGUUCUAAUAUUGCCACUCUUCCAUAGAGAAUUCUGGGAGUUGCAGUUUUUGAUGACAGUGGUGAGAAUUCUUCUGAAGGUUCAUAGUACACCUUCCCCUAAAAUAUAGAUCCCAUGGGCAGAAUGAAUUAACUACUAGUUUAUUUUGUCUAUUGUUGUAGUUUCCAGACUCCAAACAACAGCUGGAUUUAUGCUUUAUUUUCAGAUGCUAGUGGAUAUAUUAUAAGAGGAUGCUACUGAAAGAGUUAAUAAAACCAGACAAUUGGAACUUUAAUACUAUGGAGAAAAUGCUGACUGAGAUAGCAUUGUGGCUUUGAAACAGCAAAUUGCAAGGUUGUCGUUGUGAGUGCAAUUUUAAUUGAAAUAGAAAUUAACUCACUGCUUCUUGUGAAACUUGCUACAAAGUUCAUAAUAUAUGUAGCAUUAGUUUCCACUUCUAUAAGGAAGUGGGGAAAUCACUUAGCAGCUAGUGUUUCUUGUAGGUCAAACUCUUGCGCUAGUUAGCAUGGAGGGGGUUGGGGUAUGACUUCCGUGAGUUUUCAGCACCACUUUGUAUCACUUGCUUGUCUUCACAAGAUCUUCUAUUUUUGAUGUUUUCAGCUGCUGGUACUCAGGGAAGUGUUGGCAUGCAGUCAGUUGUCCUUUCCAUGGUGAGGGUGACCAGUCACCCUUACGGAUGCUGUUUGUGUUGUCUCUUCCUUUCAGCAGGAAGAGAUUGCAUCUUUGUACUAGGUGGGAGGGAAUAUUGGGUCAAUAGGACACUUCCCACACAGCAGUAGUUACAGAAGGCGUUUCCGGCAUAGCAACUCUUUAGCUAGGGUUCAUAAAUGUGAUUAACACUGGAAAGUUACUUUUUAAAUCUUUUGAUUCCUUGCCCCUCCCUUGAGCCUGGCAUGGGUAGGAUUUUUUAAAGAAGCAGAAAAUAGUCAUCUUGCUGCUUUCUGAGAUUUUACAGCAGGGGCAAGCCCCCCCCCUUAUACUGUAGUGUAGCAGAAUCGUGCUUUCAGAACCUGCUACUUGAUUACAUGUUUCUUUUGACAAGACCCAAGCUCUCAGACAACAAAAAAGUGGGGAAAAAAGUUAAUUUGGGGACACUAGCGCAGAUCAGGCUAGUUCCUGGCCAAUGCACCAGCACUAAUUAGAUCUUUUAAUCAGAGUUUGAAUUUGCAACCCGGUUAAGUGAGGAAUAAAGCCAUAGGCUCAGGAUUGUAACUGAAAUGAAAAAAAUGGAUUAUGGAUAUACAGUGCUAUGAAAUUUUCAAACAAUAAAACUUCAUAAAGGAAUGUAAUAUAAUAGAAAAUAAUAUAUGUUUUUUUUUUAAAUAAAAAAUGGCACCAAGUUGCAAAUUUAUUGCACAGAGUAAGUCAUUUUCUCAAGCUUGGAUCCCUAGCUGUUGGACUACAACUCCCAUCACCCCUGAUCCUGCUAACUAGGGAUGAUGGGAAUCACAGUCCAACAACAGCUGAGGACCCAAGUUUUAUAAACACUGGAGUAAGUAGUAUUGUUAAAAUAGUCUACUCCCAACUUCCCCCAGCCCAUCUAGUUGUGAAAGUUGUUAGCUCCCUAGCAUCUUUGCAUUUUAGAAUAAAGUUUAUAGUUACCCAUCCAAGGCAGUAGGCCAAGGUAAUGGGACUUUUACUUGGGUAUAAAAGCACAUGAAGCAGAGAUGGAUAGAUAAAUAGCAGAAAUAAUGGGGGGGGGGGGACGAUGAUUCUGAAAUAUGGCGCAGCAUUUUCAAGCAGCUUGCACAGAAAUGACAGUUGCACAUUUCAUCCAUUUUGAUCAAUUGCAUUGUAGGUUUGAAGUUUGCUGUAGUUGUUCUGGCAUAGUAGGGUUCAGAUUAACAAGGAUUAGCUAAGGUUUGGCCUUAAGGUGUUACUGGGGUACAAUAUUUAUCUUCGGUCAUACUGGCUAGAGCUAAUGGUAGUUGGAGUUCCACAACAUCUGGAGCACCAUAGCUCAGCCACCUCUGCUAUAGGCUGUAAAAGUUAAGCCUAUGCACACAAAACUAUGCCCUGUUGAAAUCAAUAGAAAUUUGGGACGUGAACGUUGGCAUUGUCUUGAGACAGGUGGAUGGCAACAUAGCACUAACAAAACUGGUGUGAUAGAGUUGCAGUUCUGUUGUGUGUUCUUCUGUGGAAGGAGAUGUCAGCUUCUUCAGAUUCUAUGAACUAAAGUAAACGUAGGAAACUUUAUGAGUUGCAGUUUCUUUCAGCUUGUUGAUCAACUUAAGUUAAAACAAUGGGAACUAUUGGUAUUUAUAUUGCAACCGUGUAGUGGCCUUAUGGACUGUGUAGGAUAUUUAAUGUGUUCUCUAGCUGAUUGUCAAUAGUUCACAUUGUGAACUUACAAACUUCAGAUUUUGAAAUGGUGUUAAAUGCCUAAGAAAUGCCUUUUAAGUAAUGUGUGUAUCCAAAAUGUCUUCUUUCAAAAAUAGCUUUUGCGUGACUUAGGUGGUUUUGGAGAAAAUUCUGGGGAAAGUACUUGGGAAGUUAACACUUUAGAUACUAUAGUAAGGAAAUUAAAAAUACAUUGACUUGAAGCUUCUGUCUUAAAUGCAUCCUGAAAUUGGAGGGGGAAGGAGAGAUAAUAGUACAGAGAAGGUGGUAGAGCAGGAAGAUGAUGAGGCUCCUUGGAGUUCUGCAGAGAUCCCCCCCCCCCCCCCAGAAAGUAGCUAUGCCCUCAAAGCUCAUACAAGCUCUCUAGCCCUUUGCUACGUGACCAGUUACUAUGUUGCUUGCAGAUAUCCUUUGAAUUGCAAGGAUUUUUCUCAAUACUGUAUGUGACAAAAGGUCAUACUCCCUGUCCAGAUCAGGGUGCCUGUAGGCAAAUAGGCACAGCCAUCCUGAAAUACGCAGUUUCAUGGAAUGUUAUUUUCCUUUAAUCUGAUGUUUGGCUUAAACAAAAUCCUGUUUAUAGCCACCAGCAACUAGCUUUGUUCUCUUUGGCAAUCUUGGCAGAGCUUGCAUUCCGCCUCUUUUUAUUCUUAUAAUUUACAUUGAUUGCAUUACAGUACAUAGUAAAAUUAAAAAUGUAACCAAGUGUGUAUAUUAUUGAGAUCUUAAAACACUUUUCAACAAAACUGGAGGUGCACGACCUUUCCUACAGCUGUUUUUGUUUACUUUAAAACUACAGAGUGUAGUUUUAAGUUGGAAUCAUGAUGAAUAAGACAGAUCAAUACUCAGUUGAGGGAGGUAUGUAAUUAUAGAGAUUUUUAUCCAGAUAUCUUUUCCACGUGUUAUAUAGUCACAUACUUAUAUAAUGCAUAACAUUGUUAGUGAGGCAUAUACAUUGCAUUAAUUUUAUUAUUUUAAUAGUCUUUCAAUUAACUAGGGAUCCAAUCCUAUGCACAUUUACUUAGAAGUAAGCCCAGUUGAACACUGUAUGAUUUCUGAGUAGGAUUGGGCCAUACCUUGAGUUUUCAUAACUAGCAUAAGACUUUAAUUGUAGUUGUGCUAAAUAAAUGCUUUUUAAAACUGAGGGUUGUAUGUAACACUGCAGUUUUGCUCGUGCAACAAGGUUCCAUGUGCACAAUGGAACUGCCCUUUCCUCUCUGUCACUUGCAGUCAGGACCAUUAUGGGCAGAUUUUGGAACAGCCGGAAGGGAAAGUCCUACUGUUCAAGUGGAAAUCCACUUGAAUAGCACUGGAUGCAUCCCUUGACCAGUGUUUGAUCAUAUUUCACCAGUAAGUUGACCAGCUCCUAUAAACCCUUUUUGGUAUAGUGAACCUGUGUUCCUCUGUUUUAACCUAGAAAAACACUUAUUAAAUGCAAUGCAAAGUGCAUUUCAGUCUCUGUUCUUUGGUAAGAUUAUAAUAGGGAAAAGUUCACUGGCUGCUUGGAACACAAAUUAUUACAUAAUGCCUGUCUAUUCAUGAGGCACUUUUGUUUUCUGUUUGUGUUGCGGAUUAUAACAAACCUAUUAAGAUAAGCCAAACAAAAUCCUCUUUUGCAAACUUAAAGGAAAGUGUUGUGGUUCAUUUUAUAAAAGCAUAUCUCAAUUCUGUUCAAUUGCUGCCAUUUGAUUUCCACCCCUCCUUGAUGGUAUGUUUUCUCAGAUUUGGUAUGUGAGCAAUAGUAAGCUAGAAUACUUUAAAACAAUCACAUCGGGGGUUUGUAUGUGCAGUUUAAAUUUUUAAUUCAUGCUCCCUGAAAAAACAAUUUACAAAAUAUUAAACACAUGCCAUAGUCAUAUUUUCUUAGGUGGAAAGAGUAGAUUGUCAAACCAUCCAAUCCUUUGAAAUAUUUUAAGUAAAUGUAAAGCUUUUUACUACUGCAUUGGGUUGAUAGGAAGAUUUGGAGCCAAAUUAUUGCUCUUUAUAUUUUUCCAACUGUCCACGUUCAUAUUCAGCCUUUCCUAGAUAUAUAGUUCAUUUUGCAGUGAAUGUAAAUUCCUGUUACAAAACCCACUUGCAUAUACCUCUUUGGUGAAUAGAUUACUGUGAAGUUUGUAUUUCUAAAUUAUUCAUUGAUGGUGAUCAUUAAGAGAGAUGAGCAGGGUAUAAUAGUAUCACAAUUGUCAGAUACAGAAUGCUGUACCUAAGUUGCUUAACUGUUGUAAUAAACUGAAAAAGCUUGAGAGAGGCUUCCCAGUGUGGCUUCUAUUAUUUGGGAGUCGGUCUUGCUGAUUUCAUUUUCAACUAAAUAUGUUGCUUUGGUGAUAUUUAUUAUAAGAUGGAGGAAAACAUUUUUUAAUACCAGUUUGGGAGACUGAAGACAGCAUAAGAAUUUGUUGAAACAGCCAUUUAGGUGGGAAAACAUGACCUUUUAUGUUACAGAACAAUUUUUAGGUGGUGGAAAUACUGGUCCUUAAAUUGUUUAAAAAUCGUUAGCAGUUUUGCAAAGUGAAUAUUUUAUAUUGACUCAAUGCCUCCUGUACGUAAAUAUGAUCUGAAGUCAACAGAGAAACUCUACAUUGUGGUUGUCGGUGUAAUGCCCAUGGGCACCCAUUUGCUUUCAGGGGUUUUCUUUUCUGCCUGCAGGACAUCCCCACCCUGUUUGAAAUUAGUCUUGAUACAGGCAUUCUAAUGUCAUCAAUAUUGCUUGGUUGCAAAAUGUGAUAUGGUGCCCAUGAGUUUCUCCAGUUUGCUGAUGUGCCCAAAGACCUCAAAAAGUUGGUGAUGUUUUCAGUUAAUCCGUAGGGAAUGUGUCUGGAGGGGGAAUGGAAGAUGAAGAUAUUUCUUGCUGAGAUUAAAAACAUUUAGUGUGUCUAGUGCAUCUUCACAUCUUAAAGUCAAUCAAUGGCCUUGAAUUUAGUGUUCCAAAGUUUGGUGUUUUUGGAGACUGUGUUAGAAACUGAGAUAUGAAAGCUAGGAGUUAAAUGGCACCUUAAACCUAGGUGAGGGGCACAACAACAGAAUGUCUGGACAUGCUUUUUUAUAACAAGAAUACAAAGCUGGAAAUGAAUGAGCUGCAGCUAAAAAUAUUAUGUUCAUUUUUCAUAUAGCCUAGUCCUUCCCUUUCUCACCCCCCUAAUAUUUUUAAGAGAGUCUCUUCUCCAGUCUUCAGAGAGUAGCUGGAAGUGAGGAGGCAGAAAAAGAUCCUCUUUUCCUUCCACUCUUCAGUUUUAAUCUGAAAUCUUAGGCUCAGUACUGCGCCCAGACCUCAGAAACUGCUUGUGCUAAUGAAAUUCUGUGUCACAAAAUGUGCCUAGAACAAUGGUAGUUUCAAACACUGUUUGGAGAGUUACAUUGGUUUUUCCCCCAUAACCAGAACUAUGGCCAGUACUUCUUUUGGGGGACCAGACUUAAAAUAUAACAUUUAAGUCUGUAACCAUGUUUCUGUAGGAGUGUAUGGACAUUUCGUUUCCUUUGUACAACACAGGUGGUAUCACCUCUGCCUUCCUUAGCUCAGGCUUUUAUACCUACAGCUUGGUAUCUACAGCUUGGUAUCUUAAUGUUUGUAAAACUUCUCAGGAGUUAGAAAGGUCUCAUCAUAGCAUCAGUAUAUAUUAAUAGCUCAGUUAAAUGUAACAAGAGUCGCUUGUGUUUCAUUAAGUGGUAUUACUCAUACAAGUUGUUCCUUUUAGCAACCUUAGCAACCUUGCCACUUGUCUCUGCAAGGGUGAUUUGCAUGACAACUUGAUCUGUGGGAUUGUCACACAGUUUCUCAUCAAGUUUCCUUCUUGCAGUGGUUUGCUCUCCAGAUUUCUCUGCUUUCACUUUGUGUUGUGUUUCGGUAGCCAUGUGGAUAGGCAAAAUAAUGGAGAGUUGAAUGUUCAUUCUCAAGAUCUUGUGGAGGUCAUGUAACAUAAUUUGUAGUUUGUUGGGAGAACGUAAGCACUACUAGAUCAGGCCAGUGGCCCGUCUAGUCCAGUAUUUUGUUAUUACAAUACCUAACAAGAUGCUUACAGAAAACCUGCAAGCAGGACCAGAGUGGAACCCAGUGUAAGAAACUCAGAUAUAUGUUAGACACUAAAUGGCUCCUUAAACCAGAGUUGCAGUCGCCAAAACGGAAUGUCUAGUUGCCAUUUUUGGGCAAGACUGCUUGAAAGUCUUAUUUUUCAGAUGAUGGACUGACUGUGAUUAAUUCUCAGAUAAACAUCUGGCUAGUUCAGAUGAAAACCUUGAGCUAGGUUAAGAACAUUGAGAAUUUAAAGAAAAGUCCCUUGAUCCCAAGGACAGUCCACCUGUAUAUUGGCCUAUUUUGACCUCUUCUUCUUAAUGGUGACUACUCCUGCUCAGGCUGCACAGAAAAAGCAUUUUGGUUUCAGAAAUUCAUUCCAGUUGUACAGAUAAAAUAUAACUGAUAGAAUUCUACAUGAUGGUGCAUUUAGUGUGUGAAAACAGUCUAGAUCCAGUGAUCCCCAGGCAUGUACCUCAUAACGGUAGAGAUGUCAGGCACCCUUGUACCCCAGGCAUCUUCACUUGGUCGCAAGUAAUCAAUAGCCAGGUGCAAAAUGUGCCUGGAGCCUGACUAAUUUCAAACACUGACAACAUACUUCCCUCUUGUGAUUCCCAGCAACUGGCAUGCAGAGGUAUACUGCCUCUGACAGUGGCGGGUAGUAUAUAGCCAACAUGGCAAAUAGCCAUUGGAAGGUAAUCUUAUCCCCUGUGAAACUUAAUUCUCUCUUCAUCGAUAACUAGAAAGCAUGGGCUCUCCUGUGCUUGACAGCAGAACAUAUUCUGGAACAGCAGCUUCUGCAUCUCUUCUGUCCUUUCUACUUUUACAUUCCUUUCCUUUAAAAGCCUCGUUAAGUCCCUUAGAGACCUCAAGGACUGGCACAGCCCCAUAGAAAUGAUGCCAAGAACAAAAGAAGGGGAUGGGUCACAUUUGUUGAUGUGAUGAAAGAAGCAUAGAAUUGUAGAGUCGGAAGGGAUCCGAAGGGUCAUCUAGUCCAACUCCUUGCAGUGCAGGAGGAACAAGUGGAAGUAGGAAGACCAUAUUUUCUUUUCUUUCUUAGUCUGAGGCUUCCAUGCUCUAAAUGGAUGAAUUAAGCCCCCUCCCCUCUUUAACUAUCUCAAGCUUGCUCAUCCUAUUCCAAUCAGUCACAGUCUUGACAUGCAAAGCUGAAAAUGUGGAGCUUCUUAAGUGCUUAUUUUGUAGAAAACAGGAAAAAAAUUAGAUACAAGUUUAGGAGUGGAAACCAGAGUAAAUACUGAGGUGAGGGCCAACAGUGGCCUCUGCCCAAUUGAAUGCAGCCCUUUGCUUGAUUUCUUGUGGGUGGCAUGGAGCAGGAAGUGGAACAAAAAGAUAAAAGCGGGUCCGCUACUCACUACUGGCUGUUCUAGUUCUGAAUGGCAAAUUAGAGCUGUUUUGAUGCCUUCAAUAUGGUCGAAAGAAACUUAUCUAAUGGAAGCAGGCGGUCUGCUGUUUUUUAACUUUUGUAUCUUCUGUCCCCCAGCUUAUCAGACCUGCCAGAUUUUAGACAGGGAAAAGAGUCACUGAAACCUCACCAGAUGACACGUGGAAACUUCAGACACAAAUGUGCUUAUUAGGGGUCGUUCCUUGUUGAACUUUUUGGGGUUUUGAGUAAAUAUACUGAGAAAGCUUUGCUAUAUAAGUGGUUUGUAGUACAGUAUUUUGCUUUCCCCCGUUCUCAUGUAGUAGCUUUUUUUUGUUUUUUGCAGGUAGUGAAUCUGUUGAUGGGCAUUUUGCUGACUGUUGAAGUUACUCACCCUAAUACUGUGCCAACAGUGGAUAUCCAAUCUGAAAUCAUUGGUAGCUACUAUCCCUCUGAGAGGGUGGCUGGUAGGUAUAUAUAUUUUCUGGAGAGCAAUGAUCUUUGAUAUCGUGUGUUGUGUGUUUUUCAGAGUACAUAGCUCCAUAUCAAAAUGUGUUUUGAAAUUCAUUUGUGAGGUACAUUAAUCAGGGAUCAAACACUUCACUUAGCUUCCCAAGCCAUAAUUUGUGGCUUUCAGUAAUUUCUCCUCUUUUCUGCAUAUGCCAGAGAACAUGGGGAAACAUGUCCAUGUUUCUCUUUGGUGAGAAGAUGAUUGAUUAGAAGAUCCCUCACCACUCCACAAGUCCUAUUUACAGGAGGUCUGUUCACACUGACCUCUCAGAAUAGAAAGAUGUUCAUGGAAGAUCUGUAUAGAAAACAACACACUCCAUCAGUAGGAGACAGAAGAAACUUAACUAAUGCCCUUUUUAGCUAAGAAUUAUGCUUGUGACUAAGUGUUGCCUAGCAUACUGUUUUUCAACUUUCUUCAGACAAAUAAAACAUGGCAAAGUAUCUUCUAUCUCAAGUGAUAUUAAACAGUAUCUUAUUCUAUUUGUGUAGAGUCAAGCUGACUUGGUCAAAAAAUUGAUAAGCAGGAAAUGCAGACUGAAGCUCAGUUGGCCUUCAACUGGUGGGAACGGACCCGCUAGUGGACCAUGGUCUGAUCCAUGGUGGGUCACAACAAGAGCACUGUCGCUACGCAAAUAUAUUGUAAAAGAUUAAGAAAUGGGUCCCCAAAUGCAUGUUUGGGUCAAAGGUGGGCCAUGGGUCUGAAAAGGUUGAAGACAGCUGCUCUAAAAUCCAUUGCAGAAGUGAAGGUGAUCCCUCCCUCCCAAGUGACAUUGAGAUGCUCAAUGGAAGAGUAGUAUUGCAAAGUUGUCUAACAAUGGUGAAACUAUAGAGAACAUAAAAAGAAAAUGAAGUAUUCUUAAGGAAUAUGCAUUGUUAAACUAGCUUCUCCCCUUGCAACCAGCUUUCCUAAGAUAGAUAAAAUAAUUCAUUGUGGUGAAAAAUUCGUGUGUUAAAAUUUGUCAAAGAUGUAGAGUGUUCUGGUAGCUUAGAGGUGAGCUCCAUUAUGCCUCUAUAUUAACUUUUAUGCCUACAUACUGAUAGAUUGUCAGUGCGCUGCAAUAUCCCAUUUAUGUGAUAGAAAUUCUUCAUCAUAUUGUAUAUUUAAAAUAGUGGUUCAAAAAGCAGUUACUAGAGAGGCCUACAAUACUUUUGAUCACAUUUCCAAAUUUUUUUCUUCCUUCUGCUACAUUCUGAUGCACUCUUUUGUUAACCAGUGCACAGUGCUUUUGCCAUUUGUCUAAGUUUUCAGUCCAUUUUGCGAGGUACUUAAUUGGAUGUUCAGCAAAUAUAAAUCCUUGAUGUACUUUUAUUGUUAAAAAUGACUCUUGGUGUUUUUCUCCCACCAGAAAAUGCAUGUGUUCUCUUUGCUAUCUCGCUCCUCAUGUUCACAAUAAGUGCUAUGAUGGUGUAUGGAGCAAUUGCUGUAAGUAUAUAUGAAUGGUUUUCAGCACUAAACUUUCCUCGAUUCGAUUCACUUCAGAAUUAAUGAAUUCUUGUUUUGCACUUUUAGCAUCGAGUUGGCUGGCUGAUUCCAUUCUUCUGUUACCAGCUCUUUGACUUUGUUCUCAGCUGUCUGGUGGCUAUAAGUUCUUUGACAUACUUACCAAGAAUAAAGGACUACCUGGAUCAGCUGGUAAGUGUCUAAAUGUAAAUGUUGUAUUCUGAUCCGGAGACAAAUUUAUUAUUUUCCUGAUGAAGGGGAUGCUUUAUCAGAGUUUGAUAUGCAGAUAAAGGCCAAGUUCGCAUGGUGAGAAUGAGCUGCAGAGAGCCUUGGGCUUAUGUGCUCCCCCUCCUUCUCCCCCUUGGCCACAAUGAGCAGUUUAGGAGCUUUCAUGUCUAAUUUAUAAUUACUCCACCUUGCAAUAUAAAAAUUAACACUGUGUGUGUUUAGAAACAAGCUGGCUUUAGAUCAUGGGUUAUGAAGCUGGCUUGUUUGCAAUGUAGACUUGAUGCUAAACUGGUUAAUAAACAUUGGAAGCAAAAACUUCCAAACUCAUGGCUGUGUCAGUGGAGCAGAGGGAAAUAAGGGAGUGGCUUGCUGUGGCUCAUUCUUACAGUGACUUCCAUACAUGCCCAGUAUGUUUGUAUCUUGACUUCUGUAUUUCUAAAGAAAAUUUCUACAUCUGUUUGUUUAACAGCAGGUGUUCUCUCUUAUAGCAUAUUGGUUAAAAUAUAUUUCCUAGCUGUAUUUUUAGUGGAUGAAAAUUAGAGCUUGGUUGAAUGUCAUUAUAACUUACUCAUUUUUAAAAGAACGAGGUCUGACAUCCUUGUUCUGGUUAUGACUGGUGUAUUCCUCCCUUCUGAAACUUUUGAGGAAAAUCUUUGUGUGUUGGCCUUGGAUUCCAUGCUAAUGAAACACAUUGACUUCCUCCUUGCUUCCUAGAAUGGAUCUGUGUCAUAUUUAAAUACGUCGGGAGACUUGUAUGGGCCUGCCUUCUAUGGUUCCAAAGCAGAGGUGUAUCUGUCACAAGCUAAAUGGAUACUCUAUGAAACUGUUUUCAUUUCAUCUAAUUUUGUUUACAAAUAAAGUAGAGCUUAGGAAACAUAGGUUUUUUUCUUUAAAAAAUAACUUCUAAGUACAAAAGAUAGCUUUUGAAGUUGUUGAAUAAUGUUAUCCUGGUCUAUAUUUAAAACAUUUCUAUUUCCUUCACUAGCCAGAGUUUCCGUACAAAGAUGACCUCCUUUCCCUCGAUUCAAGCUGUCUUCUGUUCACUGUUCUGGUGUUUUUUGCCUUGGUGAUCAUCUUGAAGGUCAGUUUUUGGAUAUUACAAUCUUUUAGGAAACACUAGUGUUGUUGCUGAAUUUUCUCUAUAGCCUUCUUCAAGUGUUUAACUUAUGGCUAAGUAAACAGGAUUUAUAGCAAGUAGAGAUUAGUGUGCUAAUUCCCUUGUUAGCUAAAAGACAAUUUUCUGAAGUACUUGAGGUUCCCUGUGCAUUUGAUGAGUGCAAGGGACUCCUCACUUCACAAGGUCAACCCCCACAAACUGAAAGGUGAUUGGGAUGGAACUAAUAAGCUCUGCCCUGCCCUUCCCCCCCCCCCAAAUGUUUACUAAAUGUGAGAACAAGUUUGCAAGGUCUGCCCCUAUUCUUCUUACUUUUCAGCUUAUGGAGCAUGGCCUUGUGAAGCAGAGAGUCUGUUGUACUAGGUCAGAGUUAAAAAAGAAGACAAAAUUACUACCAAUCAGACCAGUACAGUAACAUUUAGGGUGUUUUAGACACAUAUUUUUCCCCCUGAACUAUACAUUGCAAGUACAUGACAUCCAUACAGUAUAAAACUAUGUGCUUAGAUUGGAGAUAAUUGAUUUUCAUGCCUGGUUUUAUGUGAUAGUCAUACGGCAGGCAGGUAUAGUUUGCCAAAAUGCCCUGGUGGACUAAGUUUAGGAACCUGGAAGACAUAAUUAAGUAUACAGGCUAAAGAUUUCCCACCCACUUCUAACACUUAGGAGGCAGCCUAUUUGCAGCACCACGUUACCUAGUUAAUACUGCUUUCCCCUUUGUUCCAUCAUCCAGGAAAGGGUUCACACUUUCUAGACAGUGGAAUGCAUCAGGGGUUACUGGCCUGUCUUUUUAAUUUUCUGCCUACAAAUUAGCUUGGGGACAGGUGUGGAGGUCUGUUAGAGGCAUGAAAUAAUGGAUGCACUCAACACCAUCCCUUUACUUCUUCAGUUUGGUAAUUUUAGCUCCUUUCAUAGCAGUUUCAGAAUCUAGUCUAAAAGUUUUCUGUUUGGUGCACUGAACCUGUCUUUUUAAGCAUAAAGAGUACACAAUCACAGUUAGGAACUGUUGAAACAAUUAAAUUCCAUCUCCCCUGCAGUUCUGAAGUUUACAUUCCUCUGUGCUUUGUUUUGUUCUCCAUAUACAUUAUGCUGAUGUUGGUAUGCUAUCCAGCUAAAAUGAAGGUAUUUUAAUUUGAUGCACUAGAAGUGCUGGCUCUGUGACAACAAGGUGUUUGUGUUGUAGUUUUAGCUGUAGCAGCCUUCAGUUCCUUAGAAAAUGAUAGCACUUACUUUGUGCUAGAAUAAACAACUAAAUAAACUUACAUAGCAUGUCUGCUGAAUGGUAUGUAUGUAUGUAUGUAUGUAUGUAUGUAUGGUCUUCCUAGAAAUGUAAUUUACAAAUCUGCUAUUUAUUAUUUUAAAAUAUUGUUUGUCCCCUUGCAGGCCUACCUAAUUAACUGUGUGUGGAAUUGCUAUAAAUACAUUUGCAACAGAAACUUGCCUGAGAUCGCAGUGUACCCUGCAUUUGAAGCACCUCCACAGGUAAAAUCUUGACAAGACCAAAAUAAGCUGCCAGUUGUAAUUUUGAGUGACAGGGCUGAUGACAUUAUAUGUCUUUGAGCCAGGGGUCAGCAAACUUUUUCAUUAUUAUUUUUUUUGAAAAAAAAUAUAUGAAUAAAUUCCUUUGCCCCACAUAUAACCCAGAGAUGCAUUUUAAAUAAAAGCACACAUUCUACUCAUGUAAAAACACGCUGAUUCCCGGACCAUCCACGGGCCGGAUUUAGAAGGCGAUUGGGCCAGAUCUGACCCCCGGGCCUUAGUUUGCCUACCCAUGCUUUGAACCAACUUCAUUUUUUACAAGUGCCAAAUUAGCAUUCUUCCGUCAAGCAUAAGUGUUUGGAUGCAAAAUGCAACAACAUGAAAAAUCUGAUAGCUACAAGCUUUGGUCUCAAACUGACAGCAGUGUAUUAAGGCAAAUGUUAUAUAACGGCCUAGUUUGCAUAUUCAGGUUAGGCAAGCCUGGGACUAUGCAAACAUACAAGCUCCCAGAAAGGAGAUUGCAACUGCUGUACUCUUCCCUGGGCCUUUUUGCUAGAACACCAUGCUGAGUUGAGCUAAGGCUUGACUUAGUGUGUUAUUCAAAGAUGGGUUUCUGGUUAAGCUUUCUCCAGGCAAACCAUGGCCUGAAUACAUCUGACAAAUGAUUAAAUUAGUAGCUGUUUCAAAUUGUAUCUGUACCUACUAUUAAAGCAGUACAAUUCUUGCAAUAGCUGUAAUGGGUUUCCCUGUGUAAGCAACUUUUCAGGAGGGAUGCCUCCGAAAUCACAUUUUUCUCUUAACUAUUUUUUAUGCUGUCACUCUUGAGGUGGAGUAGUCACCCCCAAGCAACAUACUUUCUUUGAUUUCUGUGAUAAAGUAGUAGCACAAAAUGUGAGCAAUUUUCAUUUUAUGCUGAUUUGCAAUCUUUUGACAUUGGGCGAAGGAGUUCUUUGCAAGUCCACUCGUAACACCAGCCAGGUACUUGCAUGACCAGGAGACACAAAGUGAUAGCUUCAUCUAAAAUGUUUAUGUUAAGGGUAAAGUUAUUCUGAAUCCGUGGAUUUAUUGUCAAACUCUUAGCUGCAGGUAACUUGACACACUGUUCAGCAAUAAGCCACUUUGUUCUGUGGCCUGUCCUUCGAAGGCAGAGGUCCUCUGGCUGGGUCGGGAUGGUAUGGGGAUGAGGGACCAACUCCCUUCUCUUGCGGGGGCCCAAUUAGGGCCAUUGCCUUCCGUUAAGAGUUUGGGUGUAAUCCUUGACGCCUCCCUUUCCAUGGAGGCGCAGGUUACAGCAACAGCCAAGGCAACAUUUUUCCACCUUCGCUGCAUCAAGCAGUUGGUCCCUUACCUUUCCUGCCCUGACCUGGCCACAGUGAUCCAUGUGACGGUCACCUCCAGGCUUGACUACUGUAAUUUGCUCUACGUGGGGCUGCCCUUGAAGCUGUCCCAGAAACUCCAGCGGGUGCAGAAUGCUGCAGCGAGGCUCCUCACGGGGUCUCUGCCAUGGGAGCUGCACUGGCUCCCGGUGGAGUACAGGGUCAGAUUUAAGGUGCUGGUUUUGACCUUUAAAGCCCUUCGCGGCCUAGGACCCUUGUACCGACGGGACCGCCUCUCCCGGUAUGCCCCACGGAGGACCUUAAGGUCCAUAAAUAGCAACACCCUAGAGGUCUCGGGCCUUAAGGAAGUUAGAUUAGCCUUGGCCAGAGCCAGGGCCUUUUCAACACUGGCUCCGGCCUGAUGGAACGCUCUGUCUCAUGAGACCAGGGCCCUGCAGGAUCUGAUUUCUUUCCGCAGGGCCUGUAAGACAGAGUUGUUCCGCCUGGCCUUUGGCUUGGAGUCAAUUUGAUUCCCUCCCCCUCUUUCUUUUUCCUUUCUCCUCCUGUGAUGAGGCUGCAUUUUAAUGUUUUAAUGUUGUAUUUUAAUCUUGUUUUUAAGUUGUAUUCAUUCAACUUGUUUUUAUUAUUGCUUGUUAGCCGCCCUGAGCCCAGCCUUGGCUGAGGAGGGCGGGGUAUAAAUAAAAUUUAUUAUUAUUAUUAUUAAAAACACAUAGCAGUGAAACUUUCUCGAGGUUAUCUGAAAUUGGUUUCUCAACUUCCUCAUAUAUAUGUAUAUUUAAAAUCUGUGUUUCCCUUCUAUAGUAUGUCCUGCCAACCUAUGAAAUGGCUGUAAAGAUGCCAGAGAAGGAACCUCCACCUCCUUACAUACCUGCCUGAAGAAAACUGAAAACUUGUGGUUGAACACCCGUACCAGCUUCACUUUUUUAUAUUGCCAGACUGCUUUAAUAUUCAGGGCUUUAGGUGCAAAGCUACAUGGUUGAGAGGCAUUUGAUAUAACCUUACUAAAAUCCAUAUGAAAAUCAUCCCCUUGCCAGUAGUUUUUAAUUUCAUUGAUCAUCUCAAUCAUUUUACAGUUAUGCCUUAGGGUUUAAUUCUGCAAGUACCUCUAUAUUUGUAUAUAACUUCAUUCAUAUGCAUUUACGUUUUCAUUUAAUUUGAUAAAUAAGGAUUAGUAUUGGACGUAGGUGUUCACAUGAUCAGGCAUUUUACAAAUAUGGAUUAGUUCUGAAGGACAAUCUGAUCAGUUGGCAAGAUAACAGCUUGUGUUUUUCUUCUUCAUUUAUAUUGUAGUGGGAAGUUCAGAUGUGGUAUAUGAUAUAUAUACAUAUAUAUACACACACAUGCAUAUGUAUAUAUAUAUUUACUUGCACUUUCUCGUACCUUUCUUUAUUGUUAUUCAAUGCCUUGAAACAGUAUGUUCAGGAAGCCUAAAGCUGGCACUAAUUUGAAGUUUUUCCUAUAUGCUGUGAAUGCAGCAAAAGUGCAGCAAGAAAUUACAUUUGUGUCAGUUGCAUGCUUCCAAUCUGUGUGCAUUUCCAUCUUUGUUUAUAAAUGAUGUUUAAUAAAAUCUUGUUAAAAAAAAUAAUCCAGUGGUGUAUGAUUUCAUUCGUUGUGUUCAUUAAAAUAAUUCUUGGGGUUUUUUUGUCUGCCAAAAUAAAACUCAUACUUUGAAAUC